AGGUAAAUAAUGUAUUUUGCAUUCAAAGGGGUCAAAGUAUAAUAAAACGAAGCCGGAGUCCUUGUUUCCAAAAAUUCUCACGUUUUAAAAACAAGUCCUACGUCACCUGACACGUUGAAUUACCAAUGUUGACCAUACUUGGAGGUGAGAUGAGUCAAUUCUAUGGCCAAUUUAUAAUUUGACCCCACAACUUCAAAACCUCCGACCCCACACCCCAAAAAAACCUUAAAGUUCAUUGGCUCGUUCCUUCUGACGCGCUUUAUCGCUACGUGGGGAACUACCACUUCUUCCCUUACAAAUCUCCGUGUGAUAUACCUGCCGCUGCUAUAAUAUUCCAUUUUACUUCUGACCAUUAUCAUCAUUCAUCAUUCUCAUUCUUUCGCUUCAGCAUUUCAUCAAACACCUGGCAUACAUAAAACAAACUUUCCGUGUUUCCGGCGACUUCAGAAGCUCUCUUUCGCCACCAUCAAAAUGGACUUCAUAUCACCUGAAUUGAAACUCCGACAGUUGGUAUAUACGACGUUAACUUAAAAGGUUUGUCUUUCUAGUUUCUAGUCUAGAAGCCUCUUCAUCUUUUUCGUGUGUUACUCAUGGCCGAAUCCGAGGAGACCCAGAAUAAUGAUACCCAAUUGGUAGCGGUUCCUACAGAAGACAUGGCUAUACGAGCUGUGAACAAGAGAUAUGAAGGGCUAAGCACGAUUCGAGCGAAGGCCACUAAAGGGAAAGGAGCUUGGUACUGGGCACAUCUGGAGCCUAUUCUGGUUCGAAACCCGGACACAAAUGAUCCGAAAGCUGUUAAGCUUAGGUGCAACCUUUGUGAAGCUGUUUUCUCUGCUUCAAACCCAUCGCGAACUGCUUCUGAGCAUCUCAAGAGAGGAACCUGCCCCAAUUUUAACUCUCUGUUGAAACAUUCAUCACCUUCGUCUUCCUUGCCGCCAUUGUCUUCACCUUCUUCUCAGAGUAAUCGGAAGCGGCUCGGGUCUAUAAACGAGGGUUUGAAUAGUUACCAUCAACAUCAGUUUCAUCAUCAUCAUCAACAACAGCAGCAUUUGUUGUUAUCUGGUGGGAAAGAGGAUCUGGGACCAUUGGCAAUGCUGGAAGAUAGUGUGAAAAAGAUUAAAAGUUCAAAACCUUUACCACCUGGUCCCAUUUUAAGUAAAACCCAAAUCGAUUCGGCUCUUGGAUUAUUAACUGAUUGGUUUUACGAGUCUUACGGGUCAGUCUCAUAUUCAAGCUUGGAUCAUCCAAAGUUUAAAGCUUUCAUGAAUCAAGUCGGGCUUCCUGAGAUUUCACGACAAGACAAUUUUAUGUCGUCAAGGCUUGAUUCAAAAUACGAAGAAGCAAAGUUAGAAUCAGAAACCAAGAUCAACGAUGCUGAGUUUUUUCAACUUUCAUCCAACGGGUGGAAAAGGGAAGAAAUCGAAGGUAUGAAUAUGAUCAAAUUCAUGGUUAAUCUUCCGAAUGGAACCACAUUAUUUCGAGAAACGUUUUUUCCUAGUGGCGCGAUUCCUGCCACGUAUGCAGAAGAGAUCAUGUGGGAAACCAUCACAGGUACGUGUAAUAUCGUUCAAAAAUGUGUCGGAAUUGUCGCAGAUAAGUAUAAAACAAAAGCCUUGAGAAAUUUAGAGCUUCAAAAUCAAUGGAUGGUUAAUUUAUCAUGUCAGCUUCAAGGAGUCGGUAAUCUAAUCAAGGAUUUUAGCAAAGAGCUUCCUCUUUUCAAGAACGUAAUUUCUAAUUGCUUGAAGAUUACCAAUCUUUUCAACAACAAUUCUCACGCUAGAAGCAUUCUCAACAAGUUUCUCUCACACGACUCCAGAUUCUCUGUUUCUUUUGGGAUUCCUCCCCUUUUGUAUUGUGAAAACUUACAAAACUUUUCGUCUGUUUCUGCAAUGUUGGAUAAUAUCAUCAGCUGUUCUCGCGUCUUGCAGUUAGUUGUAAUGGAGGAUUUGUAUAAAGUUUUGGUUAUGGAAGAUUCUCUGGCUACAGAAGUUGGCGACAUGAUCCAAAACAUGGGGUUUUGGAAUGACGUGGAAGCUAUCAACACUUUAAUCAAAGUGGUGAAAGAUAUGGUUGAAGAGAUUGAGGUUGAAAGGCCAUUAGUAGGUCAAUGUCUUCCUCUUUGGGAGGAUUUAAAAUCCAAAAUCAAAGAUUGGUGUGUGAAAUUCAGUGUUCUUCAUGUUGGUGUUGUUGAAAGAAUUGUUGAAAAAAGAUUCAAGAAAAACUACCACCCUGCAUGGUCAACCGCAUUCAUACUUGAUCCAGUCUAUUUACUGAGGGACGAAAACGGAAAAUACCUUCCACCUUUUAAAUGCUUAACCUGUGAACAAGAGAAAGAUGUUGAUAAACUGAUAACACGAUUAGUUUCAAGAGAAGAAGCUCAUAAAGCAUUAAUGGAGCUUAUGAAAUGGAGGUCCGAAGGACUUGACCCGUUAUAUGCAAAAGCGGUUCAAGUCAAACAACUUGACCCGUUGACCGGAAAGAUGAAAAUAGCAAACCCUCAAAGUAGUAGACUUGUUUGGGAAACUAUCUUGAAAGACUUCACAAUUCUUGGAAAGAUUGCAGUUAGGCUUUUGUUUCUUCAUGCAACAACUUCUUGUGGAUUCAAAUGUAGUUACUUGUCUUUAUUGGGUCAAGGACAAAUUCAAUCAAGAAUUGGACUUGAAAGGAUUCAAAAAAUGAUAUUUGUUGCAGCUCAUUCCAAGCUCAAAAGGCGUGAUUUUGGUAGUGAAGAGGAGAAAGAAGCCAUAACAAAUGGGGGAGAUGAUGAUCAUGACAUGCUUAAUGAGGUCUUUGUGGAUGCUAAUAUGUAAUGUCUUUUCUUUUUCACAGUUUGUAGCAUUAAUUGUAUUCUUUGGUUAACCUUUAUUAUAACUAUAAUUUAGGUCCAAGAAUUUGUAGGAGUAUUGCCAUAUUAUAAUUGACAAAGAUCCAGGAUUGUUAUACCGUUUAUAAUUAUAAUGAAUCAAGAUUUUAAAUUUUCAAUC